CUUGCCAUCCCUCAUGCCCAUCUACGCCUUCGGCGCAACCCCCGCCGGCCGCAUCCGCGCCCCGACACAAAUCUACCCGCUGUCAGGCGACGACGACGCGCGCGUCGCCUUCCACAGCUGGACGCAUACGCUGCUGCACACGCGCGAAGGCCUCCUCCAACUCCCCGACACGCUCCUGCCCUCCGCGCUUGUCGUGGGCGGCGACAAGCCGCAGAUGGUGCACAUAGACUCUCCCGAAGGCAGAUGGGACGGCGUCGCCGUGACGGACGCGGGCCCCGCCCUCGGUAUCUCUGGGGGCGGGGUAUACGUCCUCCCGCCAGCCUCCCCCGCUCACUCGCGUACGAAACCGGCCUCGCCCACGAAUCUCGCGUCGCUCGAGAAGCUCGAGCACCCGCUGCUGCGCGGCCGCAUGGCGGCCGUCGCGACCGAGAGCCGCGCCGCGAUCCUCGCGGGCGGCGAGGUGCUUGAAGUCGUCUGGGAGUGGCGGGGCGGGCGCGUGCGCCUCGAGGUCGUCGAGGAAAUUGGUGGGCUGGACGUCCAGAGGAUCGUGGCCGGGCGGGGGGAUAGGAUUGGCGCGGUGACGCGCGCGGGGGAGGCAUAUGUCCUCGAGCCUGGUGGCGAUGUGCGGCGGAUCUCGUUGCGGGAGAGAGAGGAGGGAGGGGAAGAGGACGGUGCGGUGAGCGAUGAAGGAGAGGAGGCAGAAGAGGACGCAGGAGGAGACGCCGCCGACAACGACGACGACGACGACGACAACGGCAUCACUGACCUCGCCCUCGGGCCCGACUAUGAGCUCGUCCUCGCAUCUGGAGAGGUGUGGGCGCGGGGAAACAACGACUUUGGCCAGCUCGGGCAAGGCCAUACGCGCACAGUGGAGGGAUGGGUGCGCGUCCCGGUGCCGCCGGCACGGAGGGUAUUCGCGGGGCGCCUCUCGGCUGUGGUCGAGUGCGGAGCAGGAGCGUAGGCGAUAUGAUUGUGAUUUUAUGAUGUGGGGAGCACCGAGGUAGAGGCUUGUACAUAGAUCAUGUUCAUGUCGACCGAGGAGAUAGCCGAUCAAGCAUCAAGCAGGACGACAUUCCGGACACCGCAGUGGAAAGAGCGAUGAGCCGGACAUCCGGAAUAGGUGGGCCGAGCAUGGGCUUGCCUAGGCCGAGUAUCCGCCAGCCGCCAGACGCGUCUAGCACAGCAGCAUUAGU